AAAAAUCUGUUCUUUGACUACAACACCUUGCGUUCGUUCGAUUAUUUUCUUCUUUGUUUUUUAUCACGCCUGAAAUUAGCGUAUCCUCGCUCGACUGUCGCAGGCAGCCGGCGCACAUUCGUGUAAGCAAUUCUGGGUGCAAGACGUAUCGACUUCGAAGAGAGAAAAUGGCUUUUUAUCUUCUGGCUGUCGUCGUUGCACUUACGACUAUUUUUGGACUCGCUCACUCGCAAACUGCGCGUGAAAAACUGCGUCUGCAGAACUUUUACACAUGGUCCGUCGCGACCAUACAAGAACAAUUGGAAAGCAUCGAUUUGAACGAGGCGAGAAGAAAUGCCGAAGACGGCGAGGUGAUCGAGGUUCUGCAGAUCACCGUCGAUCAGCUCGAGAUUCCGCAGCCGAAGGAGGUGGAAGCUUCGGGAUCGGUCGAGGAAAUCCAGGGCAUUCGAGUCGGAGGUCAACGCUCCGAUGAGCCUCAAACACCGUCACCCGAGACUCCAAACCCUCAACCCCAGCACCAACCGACCCCCAAACCCUCAGGAAUUCCUCGAAGUACGACCAUCAAACGAUCCUCCGGAGCUAAGGACAGCGUGUUAGCCGCUAUCAACGCCUCGUUGCAAAAACUUACAACAGCGGCCAACUCCGGUCGCAUCAACGGCGCGCAGCUCUACAACAUUCUGCUCCAGGAGACGAUGCGACACGACGAGGUCGUCAACGGGGCAAACUCUAGCGCUGAUACUGCUACUAUUCAGGAGAUCGACGAAAACGCAAAAGUGUCGGAAAAGCCCAGGAUGUACUUCGGCGAGUCACCUCUUGAAUACGUGCCGCAUCAGACUGAGUGAUGAGACUUAUAUGUUUGAUAUAUAAAAAAAAUGGAAUAAUUGAGAAAAAAUAUUAAUAAUGUAACUGAAAUACUGUAACUCGAAGAAAGAAAUUAUUAAAAUGUAACUCUAAACUUC